UUCAGUGCUGGAGGGGGCGCUAAGGUCGUGCCCACCUCACGACAGGACACAGGAAGCAAGGGAGAAGGCUAUGCUGGCGCCACCGACAUGGUUAACAACGGGUUGAGCGCAAACCAGAAUCAGGUGCUGAGUUUGAUAAGAGGCUGCCCCGAGCCGCAGGGCAUCAGCAUCCAGGACCUGAAGCAGAGACUGGGAGGAACGAGUCUCCUUGUCAUAAAGCAAGCAGUGGAAUUCCUAAGCAACGAAGGUCACAUCUUCUCCACCAUCGACGAAGAUCACUACAAAUCGACAGACAGCGACGAUUAGAUCCAGUUGUUUGAGUUGAAUCUGAUAUGUCCUUCAGUCUGUUUAAUAAUAACUCAAAGCCUUCCCCUAAAACACAACCUCUGCCCGUGCCAAUGCUAAAACUGAGUGACUUCCAAUGAUCCGUGUGAGUCGCGGCACUGUGGUCGGCGUUAGUUGAAGAACACAUGGUUUAUGUUGGUGAGGCUGUUGGUUGACACAUCCUGUAUCCUUAAGGUUGCUUCUGUAUGUUGCCAGUCCCAGAGGUGUUGCUUUUUGAGGAAGUUGUUGUUGUUGGUAGUAAAUGCUGUUUCUCUGUAUUUCACACCAUUUCUUUGUAAAGCAUUUUGUAAUUUUAAAAGAUUUUGAAAGCAAGUACUUCGUUUUUUUGUCUGUUUAACUCGCAUAAUAAAAUAUUGUAUAAUUAA